GCUACUAGUCGCCCUGUAUGUCUUCACCCUUAAUAAAUACCAACUAUUCAUGGUUUUUGAGAGUAUUUAAAUAUUCAAGUAUUUGCAUUUUUCGCCACGUUUUUUCUAGUAUCUCGAAUUUUUGAUACAUCAGCCCCUUAGAAUAAAAUCUGCUUCAUUUAAAUUAUAUAUAUUCGUACAGGAUCUGCAUCAAAGAUAGUGGGUCUGAUACUAGGUACACUUCCAGCAGCAUACAGUCUGUGCUUUUUUGUGCAUAACAGAACAUUUACAAUAUCUUUUAUAAUAUACAAAAGGGGGAAGCCCUAGGAAAGCCGCAGCCCAUGAGCACCCCUUACCCUCCACAAAGUAAGGUGAUGAGUGGGGGGAGCUAGUUGACAAGGAAAGUUGACAAGCAGAAAUGCCCCCCCCCCACCCACUUGUAACAUCUCUGCUCCCUCAGCCAGUCAGGGAUGUGGAAUUAUAGCUGAUCUAGGGGUAUGUAGUUACAUGAGGUUUGUGUCAAGCACACUACUUUUUUUGCAUCCUAGGUAAAUGCCUCCCCAUACUACCCCUACUACCCCCUACUCCUACAUCCAGUCCUGAAGUUCAACAUUUUGCACACCAUUCUAUUGUCUACCUUAGUGUCUGAUUAUUUUUGCAUUUGCACUUUGCCCAAAGAUCGAUAAAUGACCCAUUUGGAAAUGUCAUCUGAUCUUUGAGUGAUACAUGGUAUCCAUUCAAAACAAAAACACAAAAUGUGUUCAGAAUUACACUUAACAGCACAAGCUAUGAUACUGUUGGAUGCAUAAUAAUCUCCCGAAAAAGCAUUUCAACUGGUAAUAAAGGGAAACUUCAUAAAUAUGUCUUCCCACCGGAGAUUCCCCAUAUUGCCAGUGGAAAGGCUUUUUGGGGAGGCAGCUAUUCAAUUUUCAUUCUUUUACAAAGCAAUAACAGAUCAGUGUAGAAUACAGUUGUUUAAGAAAUAAACAGGGGUCAGAUACAAUGACUCUUUAGGGUCAAGCAAUCAUAAAUCCGCUGCUUAGGGGUCCAUUUAUUAUUCCAUGUAAAAAGCACCAGAAAAAUUUGCCACACUUCCGUAAAAUAACUGCAUCAAAUCUGCUGUUUGGUAGCAAAAUUUGCCAUUUAUUUUACACAGCUUUAUACACUGCUUUUUCGGCAAAUUUCGUUUUACACAGCAUAAUAAAUUAUAGUCAUUCAAAGACACAAAGCAUAAUGCUGAGCAGUAUUAGGAGGCUUUAAUUCCGGCAUUUUACAGAUACUGUAUGUACUCCUUUGGCAACUUUAAACUAACAGACAAGUACAUAACACUGACAGGAACAUUUGGAAUGGUACUUUAUUUAUUGUAAUAGUAAUAAUUAAAAUUAUUUUCAGUGUCUUGUUGUCUAAUUAAACACUUUACUUUAAAAAGGUAUAAAGUUGAUGUGCCAAUUAGUGUAGGGCUUGUAGUCUCACACUAAAUGGUGUCUUAGGGAAAUCGCAUUUGGUCUCCAGUGGAUCUACCAGCAUGACUGCAUGUUAGGGUUACCCUUUAUGUGCAGCGUUGGUGAAAUAGCCAUUGGAAAUUACCCAGUCCAGUUAAGCAAGUUGCCAAACAUACAGGGAUUUUUUUCACAGUUUGAUUGAUGUGCAAAUCCAUAGGUUAACUUUUCUGCUUAGUUUUCUGGAUCAGUAUGGUCUGCCAUCCAAUUGCGUGGCCAUAUUGCUUUAAUAUUCAGCAGAUUAUCACAUGGAAUGAUCUGACAAGCACAUCUUACCUUGGCUCAAAUGCAGCCAGAUUUAGUCUUUACUUAUUGACCCCAUGCAGCUGACAAUAGGCACCAAGGGGCAUCUUCUUCUAGUUAAUGUUUUGAAGGAAAAUGGUUAUUAAAUAUUGUGCAUUAUUAAUUGUUCUUAUAAGAAAAGCCCCACUAAAAUGUUUCAGAUGAAAGACGUAUGUGAUAAUGUCCAUUUAAAUGGGGUCAAGUGGAUAUUGCACCAAGUUAGUAUAGCAUAUUGUCAUGUACAGUGACAGUUGGGUUUUGGCAGUUGGAAAUGUGUCACUCUAGACAGAGUAGCUUCAGAGACUGAAGUGCUGCCAAGCGUCUCCCUAGAGAGAAGCAAGAUUUUUUUGAAUUUUUGAGUUUUUUUGAGAUCAUUUUACCAUCUAUGGAUAAAGGAUCUCAGCAGGAGAAAGAAGAGAGCACUUCUGUAAGUGAAAAGGAGGAAUUUGCCAGAAGUCCUCAUAUCAACCUGGAGAAGAGGAAAAGAGAAGUUGAUGAAGAGAGCAGUGAGACAGAAUCUAGCUCUAAAAGAUUAAGAAUUGGGCAGAACAUCGGAACAGAGGAAGAUAUCGGCCAAAUAAAGAGCCAGUCUGUGAUAGAGGAAGACAAAAGCAAGAAAAGAGAGAGAAGCUGCAGCAAUGAUGGGGAACCAGCAGAAGGUAAGGAGAAGCAGGCUGAACAUAAAAUAACUGUAACAUUUGUCCAUUAAAUAUCCCAUUGUAGGAUUAAUUGGUAUUUUAUUCCUCAGAUUUCACAAGGUGGGUGGAACAUAAUAUGGAUAACAUAUCACAAGUAACAUAAUAACACAAAAUAACACGUGACUCUGGGUGCCAAUGUUUUUUUUUUAUCCCAAAAAUCCUUUUUGUUGUCCACAUGGAUGAGGGAGGAUGGUACUUAAUAUGUUUUGUUGCAUUUGGUCUUACUGUGUCCAAACACAUAAAUUACACAUAGACCAACAAACAGAUAAACUUUCUUUUUAAAUGACACUUAUUUAUUAACACUGGGCAAAUUUACACCUGGGCAGUAACCCAUGGCAAUCAAUCAAAAUCUGUAAAUUUAGGAUUUGUCCAGAUAACUUUGCAAUAUGUAAUUAAAUCAUUUUCCUGCAUCUAAGGUAUCUAAACUCAUUGCAAAUUCUUGGAAAUUCAGUAUAAAGCUGGGUAAUAUUAAUUCUAGGUAAAGGCCGGAAAGUUCAGAUAUCCAGUGUAUCCCAGCAAUAUGGUAUAUUAAUCAAAUUUCUCUUUCCCAGAGGAAGAACGGGAUCUGAAGAAGCAACGUGUUGAAGCUGAAAGACCCAAUCCUUGUGUCAUUUCGAACUACAGUUUCCACAUGGAACUUGGGGCUGGAUCUUUCGGCAAGGUAAUGUUGGCAUCAUUAACCAAGACAACGAAGCAUGUUGCUUUGAAGAUCAUUAAGAAGAAAGACAACCCUUAUGACCAAAAGCGGAUAAAGGCAGAAGCUCAAACACUCAAAAUCACCGGAGAGUGUCCCUUUCUCUGCAAGGGGCUUGCAGCCUUUCAAUCACAGCUGCAUGCCUAUCUGGUGAUGGAGUGUGAGAGCAAGACCAGCCUUUGGGAUCUGAUACACAGUAAGGAGAAACUCGGGAUGGAGACGGUAAUCUUUUUUUCAGCAGAACUGGUAGUAGGCCUCCAGUUCCUUCACAGCAGAGGGAUUGUACAUCGGGAUUUAAAGCCUGAUAACAUUUUAAUAAGCAAAGAUGGCCACAUCAAGAUCGUGGACUUUGGACUGGUAGCAGAGGAUGUUUCCAAGGGAAUGAAGCUGAAGGCCGUCGUUGGAAACUUUAAAUACCGGGCUCCAGAGCUGUUUAUGAGGGAUCCAUACGAUGCAGGAGUUGACUGGUGGGCAUUCGGGAUCAUCCUGUGCCUGAUGGCUACUGGUCAAUUACCAUUCGAUGAUCUAUCUGGCAUGAACUAUCUGGCAUAUUUAGUGACCAGUACCAAGCCCCGCUAUGAAAAAGGGCUUAGCAGAGACGCCAGGAGACUCCUGAACGAGCUGCUAGAGAAGGAUCCGGAGAAGCGUCUCGGCACAACAGGAGACAUUAGGAGCCACCCCUUCUUCAGAUCCAUCAAGUGGGCAGAACUGGAGAGCCUGAAGGUGCCUUCGCCUUUUAAGCCGGAAGGAUUUUCACCAGAGGAUUUGAAGGCAACAUAUACAGGGCCACUGCCAUUCUUGGAGGACCCCAAGAGCGAAGUUCCACCAGAUGAUCCAAUGGUUCUCCAGGAAUUCUCAUACGUGAACUCCAGCUGGUAAGCAUAAACAUCUGCCCACAACAUCAGCCCUUUCCUCCGGCCCCCAACAUCGACCCUUUCCUCAGGCCCACAACAUCGGCCCUUUCCUCAGGCCCACAACA